GUAGUCGGCAAUCAGGAACAUGGAGGUUCCAGAGAUAGAACGUUCCGAGGCGGUGGAGGAAGAGGAGCUGUUCCAUGAGUGUUCGGAUAACACUGAGAAGGCCGGUGCAGGGGCAUUCAAUGAGACUGCAUGUGUGGACGAUGACUCUUCGGAAUGUCCAACAUCUGAGAAGUCAGAAGAGGGAGAGGAGCCUGACGAAAGUGUGCUUAUUGAACUAGAGAAAGAUGUCAGUAAGGAAGAGAAAGAGGAUAGGAAAAAGAAAAGCACCCUUUUGAAAGAAGAAGGAAACAACUUGUUUAAGAAAGGAGAUUAUAUUGAAGCAGAAGCUUUAUACACUCAAGCACUUCAAACUUGUCCAGCUCUUUACCAGAAGGACAGAUCUAUCCUUUUUUCAAACAGAGCCGCUGCCAGACUAAAACAGGACAAAAAUGAAGAUGCGCUGAAAGAUUGCACUAAAGCAAUUGAGCUAAAUCCCGAUUAUAUUCGUGCUUUGCUCCGGAGGGCAGAGUUAUAUGAGAAGACUGACAAACUGGAUGAAGCCCUGGCUGAUUAUAAAUCUGUUAUGGAAAGAGAUUCAUCUUGCACUCAGGCCAGAGAAGCCUGCAUGCGCUUACCCAAGCAAAUUGAAGAAAGAAAUGAAAAAUUAAAAGACGAAAUGCUUAGUAAACUAAAGGAUUUGGGGAACUUGGUCCUAAGGCCUUUUGGCUUGUCUACAGAAAACUUUCAAGUCAAACAGGAUGAUACAAGUGGCUCUUACUCUAUCAACUUUGUGCAAAACCCAAAUAAUAACCGAUGACGAAGAAGCUACUGUUUGAAUUAUCAAUGUUACAUUUUACUUUUCUCUGGGUCCUUUGAGUUCCAUGGAUUUGCUGCUUCAAAGAAUGUGCCAUCAGAUAUUUGACCCUUUUAAAAUGGAAAGUUACAUUGGUUUGAAGUGUACUUUUGAUUUGUUUACACGACUUGCUUGACUCUGUUUGAUUUAACUGAUCAGGCCUCUAAAUGGUUUUCCUUUUUAAAAUAAAAUCUUCAGUAGAGUUUUGUGAGGAGAGCCGGCUUCAGCAAUAAAGCUGUUAUUUCGCUGUAGCAAUCUAAUCCAUUGGCCUUUAACUUUUUUUGCGA